AUGGAACCACAGGCUUCAUUCCGCAGCCUGCCUCGCGAAAGCGAGAGUCGCGAGGAGCCAGCUCGCCAAAUUGUACCUCCAGAAUCUCUCGACAUCGCGUCUAUCAAGAACGAGGUGGAGACAGUGUUCAGUAUGGAACAACACCACCCAGCUGCAGUGGCUGCAGCCUUGGGAAGAGUUCUGGCUGCUAUGAAAGACAGCAUGGACCGCGUGGACCACAUGGACCGUAUGGACAACGUCGGGCAAUCAGCAGCUGAAAUUGCGGCGAGUUUGAAGUACCUGAAUUCUGUACUCAUUCCUCUGAACGACCUCGACCUUUGGCACAAACAACCUCGCAACGUCUUCAGAGAUAUACAUAUGGGCGAGUAUACCUUGCUUGGGCUUCUGUCACCACUUGCACUCGGCACAUUUCAUACCAUUUCUUCCGGGCCGGCUGGAAUACAGUACCUCCACAUGAGGGGCCAGCCGGGUGCCGAUGGCGUUCCGGAAAAGGCUAUACCUAUUGCUGGCGAUGAUGUUGAUGGUGUCAAGAACGAGCUCACGGAAACCAAUCUGACAAAUUCUAUUUCCAGAUUCAUCCGAAAAGGAUAUAAGCUUGUGCGUCGGCCUCAGAUCGUUUUCCAAGGAAUCGAACUGGAGGAGCGGGAAAUGAUGCUUAUUCUCUCCUGCACAACCCCCAUUAUUGUACAGGACGUGAGGGGUAAAGAAAGCUCGGUAUUCAUUGCUGGUCAAGUAUCAAGGGCUACAUUACAAUGGCUAUGUGACGAGCUCGAAGUGGAAUUUGAGUCGAAUGAACGAGAUUCAAUAGCUGAAACUUUUGUACACCCUAAAUUUCAUAGCUGGCAAUCAUAUGGCAACAUGGCUGGUGCCAGACGGAAACACCUGACCAACUCCUGUUGGCGUGACACGGGUACAGAUCUCCAAAUCUGA